AUGCCCCGCCUCCAUCUCAUCUUGAGCUCUUCUCUUUCAAUCGCCUUCCUCACUCUUUCCGCAGAUCCGCUCCUUCCUGAAGGCUGGAUUGUGUUCAAUGUGAAACGGGAAGGUAGAAUCGAUUCGGCUCUGGCGUAUUGCACUGAAGACCUCCCAGGUGCUCGCGCGGGGCUUUGGACGAAUUGGAGCGAUUCCGGCAGGAAAGAGAAGGAGGGAGCAUGGCUGGGGCGAAUUGAUUUCCAAGGGGUGUUCAACGCGGAGAGGCCUCGGAUGCUUUGUCGUCUGGAGAAGGAACACGAAGAUGCGUCUUGCUGCGAUUUCCGAUGGGCGUAUAUGAGGUUGCUCGGCGUAUGCGACAUGGUCAUUGUCGUGCUUCACACGCCAUACAGCUCGACGGCUUCUUGGUCGGCAGAGUGGACGAACUGCUCGCGCAAGCGUAGAACGACCUGGAAUGCGAGGAUUGGGAAGGACUGGAGCGGUUCGUGGAGUGGGUGCAGGAUCUUGCGGGGGGAGGAGGAGAUGAAGUGGUCGGGGGAGAUGGUCAAGGAUGCAAAGUUCCGAGCGAUGCUCCGUUGA